AUGGAUAUGUACAAGAUAAAACGGAACUCACUUGAUUUUCACUUUCUCAACGGCGUACGACUCACUCCAAGCUCGAACAAAAAUGUUCGGCAAUCCAUAUUCCAGACCAGGGCAGUCAUAACACAACUACCCUGGUCCGAACCGAAUGACAUGGCUGAAAAAAGCGGAAAGCGACCACCGACGAUGUGUAAAAUACUAAAAUAUCACAAGCCGACGGCCAACGCCUCGAAAAUGGAAAUGUAUCGGACAGCGCUUUGUUGCUUUGUUCUGUACCCGGCUAGCCGCCGCCGACGCCGCCGACGACGCCCGAAAACUGACGGCAAGCCACGUAGAAAAGGACGCUGUGCGAUCGGUAGUGCCAACCAUGACAAGACAAAUUCUUUAAUUCAUUUAAUUUGUCGGGUGCCAAUCGUCGCGGUGGUUACCGAUGAGAAGCGGGUUUACGGGACGUGA